UGUAUAAUCACUGGCUGUCACAGUAGCGGCCGCUAGACAAACGCUAGCAGCAAACUACUCUCCACGGCCCCUUCACCUUUCUCUCCGAACCGUCUAAAUCCCGCAGACAUGGACCCGGAUGGGCUGACGUUCACGGCGCUCUCGCUUCCCACCCUCCGCGUGUUUGCGCUCUAGCCGUGCGCUCCCGGCCCGAAGGCACGUCCCGCUGCUGACCCAGACGAGGGGAGGCUGUUAUUAUUUUGUCGCCUGCUGAGACAUCACUGUGUAGCAGAGAGAGAGGGAGAGAGAGGGAGAGGGGACAGUAGAGACUGAGCAGCAGAGAAGGACCGCACAGUCGUGACAGCAAGAGGCCGUUUCAGGAUACAGGGCAAACUGAGAGCGGCUUUUUGUGUCCUCCAUCAUGGCGAGUGACUCUCCAGCUCGGAGUCUGGACGAAAUCGACCUGUCCGCUUUGAGGGAUCCCGCUGGCAUCUUUGAGCUGGUUGAGCUGGUGGGAAAUGGUACCUAUGGACAGGUGUACAAGGGUCGCCAUGUUAAGACAGGGCAGCUGGCAGCCAUCAAGGUCAUGGAUGUCACCGGGGACGAGGAAGAGGAGAUUAAAGCAGAAAUUAACAUGCUGAAGAAGUACAGCCACCAUCGGAACAUCGCCACCUACUAUGGAGCUUUCAUCAAGAAAAACCCUCCUGGCAUAGAUGACCAGCUAUGGCUGGUCAUGGAAUUCUGUGGAGCUGGCUCAGUGACAGACCUGAUCAAGAACACCAAGGGCAAUUCGCUGAAAGAGGAGUGGACCGCCUAUAUCUGCAGAGAGAUUCUCAGGGGUCUGACUCAUCUCCAUCAGCACAAGGUCAUUCACAGAGACAUCAAGGGACAGAAUGUCCUGCUGACUGAGAACGCAGAGGUCAAACUAGUGGACUUUGGUGUUUCAGCCCAGCUGGAUAGGACAGUAGGAAGGAGAAACACAUUUAUUGGGACACCGUACUGGAUGGCGCCAGAGGUCAUCGCUUGUGACGAGAACCCUGACGCCACGUACGACUUCAAGAGUGAUUUAUGGUCACUGGGAAUCACAGCAAUAGAGAUGGCUGAAGGAGCACCACCACUGUGUGACAUGCACCCAAUGAGAGCCCUCUUCCUCAUCCCACGCAACCCUGCCCCCAGACUCAAGUCAAAGAAGUGGUCAAAGAAGUUCCAGUCAUUCAUAGAGAGCUGUCUGGUGAAGAGCCACAGCCAGAGACCCAGCACAGAGCAACUCCUCAAACACCCGUUUAUCAGAGACCUGCCCAACGAGAGGCAGAUCCGCAUCCAGCUGAAGGACCACAUCGACCGCACCAAGAAGAAGAGAGGAGAGAGGGAUGAGACAGAGUAUGAGUACAGUGGCAGUGAAGAGGAGGAUGAAGAAAGGGACAUGGGUGAACCAAGCUCCAUCAUCAACAUACCCGGGGAGUCGACCCUGAGGCGGGACUUCCUGCGCCUCCAGCUGGCCAAUAAGGAGCGCUCUGAGGCGCAGCGGCGGCAGCAGCUGGAGCAGCAGCAGAACGAGGAGCACAAGCGCUUGCUUUUGGCUGAGAGACAGAAACGCAUCGAGGAGCAGAAGGAGCAGAGGAGGCGGCUGGAGGAGCAACAGCAGCGAGAACGUGAGGUGAGGAAACAGCACGAGAGGGAGCAGAGGAGGCGCUAUGAGGAAAUGGAGCAGCUCCGCAGAGAGGAGGAAAGAAGACAUGCGGAGAGAGAACAGGAGUAUAUCCGUAGACAGCUGGAAGAGGAACAGAGGCAGUUAGAGAUUCUCCAGCAGCAGCUACUACAGGAACAGGCAUUACUGCUGGAGUACAAGCGUAAGCAGAUAGAGGAGCAGCGGCAGGCGGAACGGCUACAGAGGCAGCUCCAGCAGGAGAGAGCCUACCUGGUGUCUCUUCAACAGCAGCAGCAGCAACAGCAGCAGCAGCAGCAGGAGGGAAGGCAAGCAGAGAAGAAACAGCUUUACCACUACAAAGAUGUCAUCAAUCCUAAUGACAAGCCUGCCUGGGCUAAGGAGGUCCUGAAGCAGCCGCAUGCUCACGGUAACCCGCCCCGCUCCCACCUACGACAUCACCAGUCAUUCAAUCAACCAGCUUCAUCCCCUGGCUCUCACGGCCACCCCAGAGCUCAGGCCCCUAGACGAUCCCUGUCCCAUGCUGCCCAACUCCUCUCCACCCACGUCCCUCACAUCUGCAUUUCAGCAGACCCUGGGGAAUCCCUAGAUCCAGGGCUUAAGCAGGAGAUAAGUCAGCAGGUCAGAGAGUUUAGGGCUCAGAAACUCAAUCAGAGGGGCCGUAGCCCGGGGCCAGUCCAGGAGCAGAACCAAGCUGCUGGCCAAGGACCCAGUAAGGGCCGCAGUAAGAACCAUAAAGAGCAUUCUAGUCGAGGGCCAAUCAGCCAGUCUAUUCCAAUACCCAACCCUUAUCAUCUUGGGCCCAAUAAUCAGAAAGAGAAGCUUAGAGACAGGCCUCUCUCUGCCCCCAGUCAGGGAGCCAUCCAGGGUCUAAUGUCUCCAGACCUACAACUUAAGGCCCUUCAGCCUCAUCCUCAGUCCCCAGGACAGGUCCAGAAACGUCAGUCUGGAUCAAACCAUAUUUCCAACCUUGCAGUCAAACCGGUGGAGGAGCGAUCUAAGCUGAACAGACAGAGCUCCCCAGCGCUGCAGCACAAAGUGUCCAACCGCAUCUCCGACCCCUCCCUCCCUCCCCGCUCCGAGUCCUUCAGCAGUGGGGGCAUGCAGCCCGCCCGCACCCCACCCAUCCACCGAUCCAUCGAACCACAGAUGGCUCACCUGGUUCCAGUGAAGACCCACUCCAGCUCCAUGUCUGGCUCCCAGUCUCUGCAGGACCAAACAGGGCUCAGUGCGAGUGAGGGUGUCAGUGUGGGGUCCCCCAGGCCUGAGAUGCCCCGGCAGAACUCAGACCCCACCUCUGACACCCCCGGACCCCCUCUGCGCAUCACUGGCAGGGAGGAACGGGAUCGGGAACGGGAACGGGACAGAGACAGGGAUCGGGACAGGACUGCGUGGCUGAGAGAGGAGGAUAUUCCACCAAAGGUGCCACAGAGGACCACUUCUAUCUCCCCAGCCCUGGUCAGGAAGAACUCCCCUAAUGGAGGAGUGGGUCUGGGCCCUCGCACAGGUUCUCAGCUCAUACGGGCCAGUAACCCAGACCUGCGGCGGUCAGAGCUCUCUCUAGACGCCAUGCUGCAAAGAACCUCCUCCAACUCGUCAUCUUCCUCCUCCCCUUCAUCUCAGGGAGGCUCAGCCGAGAGGAGAGGUCAAACCAAGCAGGAAGGAUCCCCUCCAGGAGCCAAUCAGGAGGCGAAGUCCAAACAGGAGGAAGGCCGUGAAUCAGCCAGACCCAGCAGACCUGCAGACCUAAGUGCAUUGGCUAAAGAACUCAGAGAACUAAGGGUAGAGGAGGGCAGCAGACCUCCAGUCAAGGUGACAGACUACUCGUCCUCUAGUGAGGAAUCCGAGAGCAGCGACGAGGACGGGGAGACAGUGGGGCAUGAUGGGACUGUGGCUGUCAGUGACAUUCCCCGCAUCAUGCCAGCGGUGCAGAGCAGUGGUGAGUCGUAUGGAGGGCUGACAGAGGACUCUCUGGGAGAUGCCUAUAAUAGCUCCAAGGACGGCACUCUAGUGAUGAGAGAGGCGGAAGAGAGGAGGAGAGGCAGUCACACCGAGAGUAACGGGUUCGGGAAUCACAGUAACCAUGGUAACCUCCCUGACCUCGUACAGCAGAGCAACUCUCCCUCAGCCACACCCACCACAGCCCUGCAGGAACUGGGCGACAUGGCAGAGUUUGGCGUGGGUGGGUCCAAAGCGUCCUUUACCCCAUUUGUUGAUCCACGUGUCUAUCAAACAUCCCCAAGUGAAAAUGACAAUGAGAACUCAGCAGCAGCCAUGUUUGCAAAUGAGCUGUUGAGGCAGGAGCAGGCCAGACUAAAUGAAGCCAGAAAGAUCUCUGUGGUCAACGUCAACCCCACCAAUAUCAGACCCCACAGCGACACACCUGAGAUCCGCAAAUACAAGAAACGCUUCAACUCUGAGAUCCUGUGUGCUGCACUCUGGGGUGUGAACCUGCUGGUGGGGACAGAGAAUGGUCUGAUGCUGCUCGACCGAAGUGGACAGGGAAAAGUCUAUAACCUGAUCACCAGACGGCGCUUCCUGCAGAUGGAUGUGCUAGAGGGACUCAAUGUGCUAGUCACCAUAUCUGGGAAGAAGAAUAAGUUGCGUGUCUACUACUUGUCCUGGCUGAGGAACAGAAUAUUACACAAUGACCCAGAGGUAGAAAAGAAGCAGGGUUGGAUUACAGUUGGGGAGCUGGAGGGCUGUGUGCAUUAUAAAGUUGUAAAAUAUGAGAGGAUUAAGUUCUUGGUGAUUGCUCUGAAGAAUUCUGUGGAAAUCUAUGCCUGGGCUCCCAAACCCUACCACAAGUUCAUGGCCUUCAAGUCAUUUACUGAGUUGCAGCACCGUCCACAGCUGGUUGACCUGACGGUGGAGGAAGGUCAGAGGUUAAAGGUCAUCUAUGGCUCCAGCGUGGGCUUCCACGUCAUCGACGUGGACUCAGGCAACCCUUACGACAUCUACAUCCCCUCACAUAUCCAGAGCCAGGUGACGCCCCAUGCCAUUGUGGUGCUGCCUAAAACUGAUGGAAUGGAGAUGCUGCUGUGUUAUGAGGACGAAGGCGUCUAUGUCAACACCUAUGGGCGAAUCACUAAGGACGUGGUGCUUCAGUGGGGAGAGAUGCCUACCUCUGUUGCCUAUAUCCAUUCUAAUCAGAUUAUGGGCUGGGGUGAGAAAGCCAUAGAGAUCCGCUCCGUGGAGACGGGUCAUCUGGAUGGGGUCUUUAUGCACAAGAGAGCCCAGAGACUUAAGUUCCUCUGUGAGCGGAACGACAAGGUAUUCUUUGCAUCAGUGCGUUCGGGAGGUAGCAGCCAAGUUUUCUUCAUGACCCUCAACAGAAACUCUAUGAUGAACUGGUGAUAGCUCCUCCCACAGUCCUCUCUGCCUCACUCUCCCAUCGGCCAGCCCGGCGACCCCAACUUGGCCAACGGCACAUCUCACAAAAAGAGCCCGACUGCCUGAGAGGCCACAAGUGAACUCUUUUAACACUGGAGAGACUAAAAAUGGUGUAGAAAAAAAAGUUACCAUAGAGAAAAACAACAAAAACCUGUUCUAAAUGAAGAGACAUGUUACCCUAGUUUAUGUUGGGUCAUGCAGAAGCCAUGGUUACUCAACUGACUGGCAAACUGGUGCCACUGACUUUCCAAAUAUUCCCUCUUUCUCUGUCUGUCUGUCUGUAACUCUUUGCCUUUUGUCUGUCUCGUCUCUCCAAACGGACCAGUGCAUUCAAGUGUUUAGCAACUGUAGAAAUACACUUUACACCUGCCUCCUAUCACUUUUCUUCUUCCUUUUGUCCUCACUUCUUAAGCCCUGCUCUUUCCCUCCUUCCUGUUAGAUCUAGUCAUCAGUUUUUCAGUCCUUUGACACCCAUGUCCUCCGUUUUCCUCCCUUCCUGUCUGCCAUGUGUGGGCUCAUUCCCAGAGAUCCGCACCUCAAGGGAUGGAGGAAGAAUAGACGGAUGAGAUUUAAUAUGAAUUUAAAUGUAUACUUCUGAAUAUGACAGCGCAGGGAGGACAGCUGAGGGAUGACAAAUCUACUCUGGGUGUCGGCCACGAAAGCACGCAGUCCUGAUUGAUUUUCUUUUCUCCUCUGUCACUCCACCUCCUCCUCCUCCGCUUCCUCCUCUCGCCAUCUUUUUCGGGCUCCGAGUAAACUGAAUUGUGAUUUAGUGUUCGAUUGCGUUUCACUGAUAGAGAUGCGGUGAGACUCAGCUGUCAGAGGCGGGGUUGCAAUAGUAUGCAAAGAUGAUGUCUGUGUCCCUUUAAAAUGAAAUCACUGGUCCAUUCUGUCUUUUCUCUCCUCUCUUCUUCUUUCCCACCUCCUGUCACAUCACACUCAUCUCUUGUUUUCACUCUUUAAACUCUGAAGGUGCUGCAUCAGAUAUACUGUAAUAUUAAAUGAACAAUGAGAGUGUCAUUCUGUUCAUUCUGUUUAUUUCUGUUAUUUUCUUUUUUCUCUGUGUAACAGUUUGGAGUCAGUCAGGCUUUUAAGCUUGAUGAAAUGUACAGCACAUGUGACUGAAAUCAGGAGCGUAUGUUAACAUGUGUAUGAAUGCGUGCAUAAUUGUGUGUGUGUGUGUGUGUUUGACUUAAUGUUGAAACAAGUCCCAUUCAAAUCAAGUUCGAAUCAUAAUGGGACAUUGAACUCAGUGUCCACAAAAAAAGAGUCAAGUAAUUCUGUCUCUGUGUGUGAAGUUCUACCUUAAUGCGAUCAAAGCAACAUUGAGUGCGUUUACUUGCAGAUUUAUAAUAGUAUCUUCUUAGUAUGAAGUUUAUGAGUUGGUGUGUCUGAACACCAUGCAUUUAAAUAUAGGCAAUAUUAGUGGUUGAUUUUUUUUUUUUUUUCAGAGUAUGCUCUGUUCGACUUUACACAAUAAUGUUCGGGCUUGUCACGACUGUAGCCAUGUCUCUGUAGGAGAUAAUAAAGAUGCAUAAUAAGAGCUUACCAACUCGACCUCAACAUGAUGUGAGCUACUAUCCCCCGAAUAUUGUGUGCACGUGAAGACACUCCUUCAUUGAAAGCUGUGGUGUCCUUUUGAAUCAUGCUCCUCUCUGAUUGGCUCUUCUGAUUUUGGCUCCUAACUGUUUGUACAGUGCCUAGCAUGAUGUAAGCAAAGCUAAAAUGAGGCCAAGAGAUUAUCACUCAUGUUUGAAUUAAUAAUUUCAUUGCCUAUACAGUUACUUUACAUUUUUUUAUUUUUGGUCUUUUUUUGGUGUGUGUUUGUGUGUUAUUAUCUAACUUUAACACAUUGCUGAUGUUAUUUGUCUCUUCUAAUGGAGAUUUCAUUAAUAACUUUAAGAUUUGAUUUAUUCUUUGAAAGGAGUCACUGAAUAUGGUAUGACAAAACCUUAAUGCAAUCAUUAAUACAUAUUGUAUUAAAUUUAUAACACUAUUGAGGGGUGGAUGUGUUGCAUGCAUACUCAUCCAUGUCAGACAGCAAUGUAAGGGAUAUACUGCAGAUUUGGCAGUAUAUUGGAAUAUGGUUAACAAAUUUAAGGUGGCACAAAAAGUAGACUCAUUUCCCUGUUAUGUAAUGAUCAUUUAAAUUUAGUUUUUUCUUGUUAAAUUAUUAAAUGCUUUCUGUUAUAUUUUCAAGGACUUUUUACACAUCCAUGCAGUAGCUGUUCCUGCGGAGCUGUAAGUUAGAUUCACUGAUCUCUGCUAUGGGGAGCAGGCUAACAUUUAGCAAUAAAGAGCCGAGCUGAAGAAACAACCGUCUUCCCUGUGUGUGCACGCAUGCAUCUAUUUGUAUGAUUUAAUGUGUGAAUGGGGCAUUAUUACUAUGUUUGUCCAUUGUGGAAUUCACUCUUCCAAUUGGAAAAAUGAUGACAGUCAUUACACUGAGAACUCUCCUUUCAAAGACAAAACCACUGUAUUCCUUAUUCUGUUUAUUUCUUGUUUUCUUUAUUUUGAAAGAGCAUUACUAAUGUCCUGUUUUGGGAUUUAUUUGUUUUGUAAAAGAGAUGCUGUAAGAGAGAAAUAAAUGAAACUAGAGCAUUAUGCUUCUGAAA